AUGGACAGCGCGGCACCGUCUCAUUCGGCGGCGGCGGCAGCAGAGGCGGCCAGCGACCUCGACCACCUGCUGCGCCCCCUGCACUGGGCGGCCGUCCUGCGGCACCCACGCCGCGCCUCCGCCUCGCCUCUCUGCUUCAGACUCUGCAGCAUCGCCAUGGCAUCCUUCGCCUUCUCGUCCACCUGCUCCGAGGUCACCGUGCUGUUCCGCGACGGCACGGCGGACCUGGACGUCUUCACACUGACCCUUAGUGUUGUGGACACAAACACUAUCUGGCUCUUCCGCAUGGCACAUAUUGUUAUGUGCGAGCGUGCCUACCACAGACUCACCGGUCAGGUGGGUCACGACUUCGCUGAGUUUAUGACGUGGGACGACAUUCCUGUGCUACGAUCACAGUGCCGCCUGGUACGGCGCUUCACGCUGACCUACAUCUGGUUUGGCAUUGGCGCCUGCGCCUGUUACCUGGUGUCCCCUGCGAGCGCUGAGGGCCUGCCCUUCAUAAUGGUUCUGCCCUACGAUGUGACGCAGCCAUUAAGUUUUGCCGCCACGUGGCUGUUCUGCACGAUAACGUGCCUUCACGUCGUGGUGAUGACCAUGGUGCUCGACUCCUUGAACGUCAGCCUCAUCUCGCAGCUACGUGUGCAACUCAUACUGCUCAACAAGAAAAUCGUCAGCCUCGCGAAAGAGAUGUCCGCGAAAGCUGUGCACCAUUCAGUAACUUCUGUCUCUCCUGAUCUUCAUUAUCGACUGGAGAAGUGUGUCCGUCACCAUCAAGCAAUCAUCAAGAACGCUGACUUGUUGGAGAGGAGCCUAGGUGCGAUGCUGCUGGCACAGAGUGUAGCUAUCGGUGCGGCCAUUUGCUUCCAGAUGUUUCAAAUUGCCACGAGCGAAAACGUGGCCCUGGCAGCGUAUGACGCGGUGACGUCGCUGCAGGAGUGCCCCCUGUCCAUCAAAAGAUCGCUGCUGCUUCUGAUGCACCGCGCGCAGCGACCGCUGCGCAUCACCGCCGGGAGGUUCUUCCCACUCUCCAGGGAGUCAUUUGUCUCGGUCGUCAACGUGUCUUACUCAUUCUUCGCAAUUCUACGAAAUUUCAAGGAUGAAGAGGAGUAG